UACACUGAUACAGGCGAUGACUGACAACAGCGUACUGACGAGUUUGAAGAUUCUCACAGUUGGAAACAGUGGAACUGGAAAGUCAAGUCUCAUCCUAAGAUUUACGGAUGACAAGUUCGACCCUGAUAUUGCGGCUACCAUUGGGGUCGACUUCAAGACUAAACAUUUGACUGUUCAUGGCAACAAGGCGAAACUGGCCUUAUGGGACACCGCAGGACAAGAACGUUUCCGGACGCUAACGCCUGCUUACUACAGAGGAGCUCAUGGAGUUAUAUUAGUAUAUGACUGUAGCAGUAGGGAUACAUUUGAGAACUUAAGUGUGUGGCUGAAUGAGUUAGACACAUAUGCAACGAAGAAAAAUAUUGUGAAAAUGCUGAUUGGCAACAAGAUUGACAAACCAAACAGAGUGAUCACCAGAGCAGAAGGCGAGAGAUUUGCUAGAAAGCACGCAAUGUUGUUUGUAGAAGCAAGUGCGAAAACAUGUGAAGGAGUGGAGUUGGCAUUUGAAGAGCUUGUAGAAAAGAUUAUUGAAACACCGGAAUUGUGGGAAAAAGUGGGCAGUGGUGGAUCAUCAACUUCAGUCAGUCUAACUGUGGCGGCAACAUCAUCUGUCCAAGGCUGCACUAGCUAUUGCAAUUUGUUAUGAACAGAUGUCUCCAGGUUGGUGUGUGUAUCGUCUUCAACUAGCGUAGGGCAUAGCUUGUGUACAAUCAACUUAAAAUCAUGAGAGUUCUGUAAAUCUUGUAUUAACUGCCAUGGUAUUGAUAUGAGUAUAUUUUUACGUACAUGGUGUACAGACUGUGUGGAGUAAAGUCUCUUCACUUAUGUA